AUGGCGUCGAGCGGCGGCGGCGGCGCGUCGUCGGCGGCGGCGAAGAACGAGUCCUACGUGCGGGCCGACAAGAUCGACCUCGAGAGCCUGGACAUCCAGCUGGAGAAGCAGCUGGCCAAGACCUGGGAGAAGCACAAGGGGUCGUACAACCAGGGGCCCAGGGAGGACUGGGAGAUCGACCUCGCCAAGCUCGAGAUUCGCUACGUCAUCGCGCAGGGCACCUACGGCACGGUGUACCGCGGCACGUAUGAUGGGCAGGACGUCGCAGUAAAACUGUUGGAUUGGGGUGAAGAUGGCUUUGCAUCAGAAGCUGAAACUGCCACACUGCGAGCAUCUUUUAAGCAGGAGGUUGCUGUCUGGCAUGAGCUCAACCAUCCAAAUGUUACAAAGUUCGUUGGUGCAUCAAUGGGUACUGCAGACCUUAAGAUUCCAGCCAAUAGUUCCAACAGUGGUGGGCGCACUGAGCUGCCGCUAAGAGCAUGUUGUGUUGUGGUUGAAUAUCUCGCUGGAGGAACACUAAAACAAUAUUUAAUAAAGAGCAGGCGAAGGAAGCUUGCAUACAAAGUUGUUGUUCAGAUAGCACUGGAUCUUGCUAGAGGAUUGAGCUAUCUACACUCAAGAAAGAUUGUACAUCGGGACGUAAAAACUGAAAAUAUGCUGCUCGACACACAGCGAAACCUUAAAAUUGCUGAUUUUGGUGUUGCUCGUGUUGAGGCUCAGAAUCCAAAGGAUAUGACAGGUGCGACAGGGACACUUGGCUACAUGGCCCCAGAGGUUCUUGAAGGCAAGCCAUACAAUAGAAAGUGUGAUGUCUACAGUUUUGGCAUAUGCUUAUGGGAAAUAUACUGCUGUGACAUGCCAUAUCCAGACCUCAGUUUUGCAGACGUCUCAUCUGCCGUUGUUCAUCAGAACCUGCGGCCUGACAUUCCUCGCUGCUGCCCAAGCCCAAUGACGAACAUCAUGCGGAAGUGCUGGGACGCGAACCCGGAUAAGCGUCCUGACAUGGACGAGGUGGUGCGGUUCUUGGAGGCCCUCGACACAAGCAAGGGCGGUGGUAUGAUACCAGAAGGCCAGGCCGGCGGGUGCUUGUGUUUCUUCAGAGCCCGUGGUCCUUAG